UGAGGGAAUUAGGAGAGAAUGGAGUAGCUGAUGGAAUAGAUAUGGAGAUGCAUCCUGCUUGUAGAAUUUUUGCUUGUUAUUCCUUGAACCAAUUUCUUGUGUCUGCAUUACCUCAGUUGUAUAUAGAUCUGUGUCGAGCAGGUCUUAUAAAAGAGAUGAUUCUUUCACGUUAUAGACAAGGAGAAGAACUACUGGGUGAAAUAAAGGAAGCUGUUUGUGCUAAUUGUAAAAAACUUAAGGCAUUUGCUGAUAUUUUAUGUAAAUACACAGCCACUGAUGAUAUAGGAUAUUCUAUCAUGAGAGACUACAGAGAGGUCUAUUGGAGUGGUGAUAAGGUUGGACCAGGACCCUUCAUUUAUCUUCGUAAGAGUGUUAUUUUGGAAUUUAAGUUGAUGCGAUUAAAGUUGGGGGAGACAUUCUUCAAAGUUGGAUUAAUCACGAUCUUCAAUUCUCAGUCUCCAUCCAUUGAUGAUAUCAAACAUGUACUGGGUAUAUACUACACAUUAUUUAGGCGUCAGUUAGCUCAAUGUAAAGAUAUUAGUGGCAUUUUACAGUUGUUAUGUGAUAAGAGUCCACUUGAUGAUAUUAGCUUGCUGGAGGCUUUUGUAAAUGAGUUCAAUAUAAAGGAGGCUAAACCAGUUAUUGAGGAAUAUAAAGGAGUGGUUAAGGAGUUUAAAAUGAAGUAUUGUCUAUUUUUGGAAGAAGAGCUUUUAAAAGUACCAUCACUACUUGAGUCUGUUACAGUUGUAACUGAUAAAGAUACUAGUGAUUUAGUACUUAAAGAUGUACAGAGACUGUCAUCAGCUAAAUCACCCUAUGAUGUAAAAUUAAAAGUCAUUAGAGAUGAUGGUAGUUGGAAAGUUCGGAAACAAGAAUCAUAUGCUGAUUCUGAUGUGGGCCCUACUUUACAAAGUAAAGAUACCACACUAACAACUGAAGUACCAGCAGGAACAGCAGAAAAGGAUGAGGAUCAAGUUAUGUUGCUACAAGAGAAAGUUAAAAGUAUUCAAAAAGAACUGGAGGAAGAAAAGGAACCUUGUAUUGUGAUUGGAAAGGACUAUGAAGCUUUAAGAUCAGACAAUGAGCUUACUCAUAAACAACUGGAGGAGCUACAAAAGAAGUUAAAGGAAGAGAUACAAACAUCCUCCAGUUUAAUGAAACAGAAAGAAGCUGCUCUGAGAGAGAAAGAGGAACUACUAAUAAAGAUUGAUGAUCUUCAACAAGAAUUAGAACUACAGCAAGUCAAAGAUCACAAGGAAGUAUCAGAACAAGCUCUGGUAGAGCAGAAAGAAGAGUAUAAGAUAUUACAAGAGACUGAGACUGUACAUACAUGUACUUAUAUCAGUAAAGGUGACAUAUCCCAAUUAUCAGUGAUACUGGAACCAGUUGAAGAUGACUGGUAUCAUAUUGGACAGUGUCUUGAAGUGAAGGAAUCAGUGUUAACUGAAAUUAAAGAGAUGACACCAGUUGAUUCAAGAUUAACUCAUGUACUUGAGACCUGGUGUCAUGAGAAGGAUAGAACAAUAACUGAACUGAAGGAAUCAUUGAAAAGAAUGGAUAGAGAUGAUAUACUGGAAGGCUUACAGGAAUUACCUACUGGACACUAUACAAUGAAUAAUGAUGAAGAAUAUGAUAUUGAUGUAAAAGAUUCAUAUGAUGAAGUCAAGAAUCAAAUUGAAACUGAAAACAAAGAAAUACAAACAACACAAACAACUCUUGAAAAAGAAAUUCAGUUCAACUAUCUUGUACCAUCACAAG